UUCCUUUUUCCGGAUAUUAGAGAUCUCUUUUACGAUCCUCUUCAAUGGUUCCUUUGACAAACGGUUUCUUUGUAGGACACGAAUUUUCCCCCUAACUCCCCCAAUCUCAGAACUUUCUCCGAUCCUCCAUCAACGAAGAAGAUCGAGUAGUUAUUAAUCGUUGGAUCGACUUUUUCUCGUGACAGAAUAGUCAUCGGAACAAUGUCCCUUGCUCGGCCUCAUCACGCAGAUAAUACACAAUUCCCCGGUGAUUUUAGAUUUACCUUUGGACGAAAUUACCCUCACGUAUAUUCCUCCGCCUCCACAGACUUCACUACCAACAGGCGUUACAACAAUAACAACAACCAUAGAAGAAGCUACAACAAUUCCCAUGACUUCUCAAACGAAUCCAGACAUCAAUACAACAUUUAUAAUCACAUUGAUCCCGAAGUUUUACCACCUUCUCUUAAAAGGAGGAAGUUUUCUUCCACCAAUUGGGAAGGUUAUGCUACAUCUUAUAAUCAUAACAACAACAACAACAACAAUAAUAAUAAUAAUCAUAAUCCAUCUUUCAAAUAUGAAUAUUCUCCUUCAAGCUCCAAGAUCACAUUCCCUCUUCCUGAUGGAAAUCCUAAAGUUUCCACAUCCACUAGCUAUAAACGUGAUCGAACAAGAUUUGAAGAAGAAGAUGUAGAAUUUAUGUCAAGGGAUCAGAUUGAGAGGUUUUCUCCUUCCAGAAAAGAUGGUAUUGAUGCUUUACAGGAAACUCACUUGCGCUACUCUUACUGUGCUUUUCUUCAGAACCUUGGACUUCGCCUUGAGCUACCACAAACUACUAUUGGAACUGCUAUGGUUCUAUGCCACCGGUUUUUUGUCCGGAGGUCUCAUGCAUCCCAUGACAGAUUUCUGAUUGCUACUGCUGCUCUUUUUCUUGCUGCAAAGUCGGAGGAGACACCUUGCCCUCUGAAUGAUGUAUUGAGAGUGUCCUCUGAAAUUUUUCACAAGCAGGAUUUCAAUGUGCUCUGCUAUUUACUUCCUAUGGAUUGGUUUGAUGAAUACCGAGAACGAGUGCUUGAAGCUGAGCAAAUGGUUUUGACAACUCUAAACUUUGAGCUGAAUGUGCAGCAUCCAUACACACAUCUCACAUCCAUUCUUGACAAAUUAGGGCUUGCACAGUCACUUUUGGUAAACCUGGCAUUGAGCUUGGUCAGUGAAGGGGGCAAUAGAAGAGUGUAGCAUGCACAGAGUGUAUGAUUUUGUUAGCUGGUGGAUUCAUAGAGUUUUAUUUCUCAUCUCAUCUCAUCUGAAGUUGAAAGACAGAUAGUGUUUGGAUGCAUGCAAUGCAGUUUUCAAUCAAAUUUUUUUCCUAACUUAAUCUCACUAAAAGUUACAAUUUUUUGCCCCACCAUACACUUGCUCUUGAUCUUUCGUUUGUGCAAAAGACGUGAAUGCCCUUCUCAUAAGCAAUAGCUCUAGAAAGCUUCCUGUUCCAUGUAACAAACACAGAUGUAUGACCACAUCUGAGUCAUGGUGCACUAGUAUUUCUGAUUUACAGAGUGGAGGGUUGCGAUUACUUUUUGUUCACUGGAUGAUGGUUAGGAGUUGUUGAUUUUAUUUCCAAAAGUGCCCUUUCGGGAGAGGGUAGACUCGAACAUAUAUAUAGAGGCAGAUGUGACCACCAACACUAUCCCCUUUUUAUCCUUUUUUUUUUUUCAAAUGUCAUGUUUCCUUCUAGAGUGAAGGUUAACAUAAUUUUUGAGAUCUCAAAAGGCAACAGGGGUGGAUCUAGUUGAAGAGAGGGACCCUCAAUUUGUUUUUAUUAUUUAUUUUUUGUAGUGUAAAGCUAAAAUUACAAGAAAAUUUGCUGUUUGUUUGCAUAGUCACCAGCAUGCUGCUUUAUCCUGAUACCAUUAGAUUAGCAUUAGCCUAAGACUUGCAUAUUAGCAAAGAGAAUACCUGAUAAUAUGAGGUGUUAUGGUUUUGGAAUAGGAUUCUAUCACACGUUUGGAAAUCAUGAGUGAGGAGGGAAAGUGAAGGUGAGAGGAGGCAAGAGAUAGAGAGACCUUAAAUUAUAAAAAUAUAGGGUUAAGAGGGUAAUCGGUUAUUUUUAACAAGGAGGAAAUGCUGAAAAAUGAAAUCCAUGGGUUUUAAGAUGGAAUCUUCAUACUCAUUUUUAACCAAGCACAGGAUUUGAUAUCCAAUUCUUGCCAAAUACAAUUUAGUUGCCAGUUAAGCUCUAUAAGCUUCAUCAUCAAAGUGGGCAUUGUACUAGAUUUUGUGUUGUAGAUGUCUAUUUUAUGCUCAUUCCAUCAGCAAUUCUGAAGAUACUUGGAAAAUGUACACCAGAUGCACAUGCUAUGCCUUUCUUUGUUGGCUGCGUAGCUCACUUUGGCUUCAAUUCAAACCCCACCAGAUUGCUGCUGGAGCUGCAUACCUUGCUGCAAGAUCUUUAAAUAUGGAUCUUACUACAUAUCAAAAUGUUUGGCAGGAGUUCUACACACCACCAUCUGUACUCAAGGAUGUUGUCCAGCAGUUGAUGGAGCUGUUUUAGAGCAUGCAUAGCCUGAAAGAAAGAUGGUGACAUUUUAUGGCUUUGUUUGUUAAGACAAUGGGUGCCUUAUACACGUGUGCUUCUGUAAAUGGCCUUCAGUCAUUUUAGGUCCAGACCAUCAGUCGUUCAUAAGGCUGUGUAGUCAAAGCGUUGACCUGACCAGUGUUUGUUCUUUGACUUUUAAUAUAGUAGGUCUCCAAUAUGUAGUUUACUGGUGUAGGAAAGAGCCUUAAAUUUUAUUUUUGUAUUUGGAUCAUCAAAAUAUUUGAAUCGACGAAAGACACUUUGUGCCUUACCAUGGUGUGUACCUUCUUUACUUCUGGGC